AUGCACACCACGGAGCGCACGGCGGCGAGGGCGACGGGACACGUCGACCGCCACCACCAUGGCGGCUGCAGCGGUGAAAAGGGGCCGUACUCGGCGGGGCUGCAUGUGAUGGCCAUCUUCGUCGUGCUCGCGGCCUCGCUUGUGGGGACGCUUAUCCCACUUGCCGGGAAGUACGUGCCGUGCCUGCGGUUGCACCCGUUCAUGUUUGUCCUUGGCAAGUGCGCGGCGACUGGUGUGGUGCUGGCCGUGGCAAUGAUCCACAUGAUUAACCACGCUGCCCAUGCGUUUGGGGAAGAGUGCGUUCCAGACUCAUGGAAGCAGUCGUACGACGCGUACGCGUUCCUUUUCGCGAUGAUUGCGGCCAUACUGAUGCACGCGCUUGAGACGCAGUUGGUGGAUAUGUUUGUGAGCAGCGAGGCCCCGUCUUCCCCACUUGGAGAGGGCGGGGAAAAGAGGGGCGUGACGGAGGGCGAGGAGCGUGCCGACGGUGCCGCCGACGUUACUGGCGACGCCCACCAUCACAGCCAUGUGGUCGUUCCCGUGUCGGGCGGGGCGACCCAUCGGCUUCUCUCGGCCCUGUUCAUGGAGUUCGGUGUGACGCUGCACAGUGUGUUCAUUGGGCUGACGGUUGGCAUCACGAACGACGCGGGCACGAAGGCACUCCUCGUGGCGCUGGUGUUCCACCAGAUGUUCGAGGGGCUUGCGCUGGGCUCACGUCUGGCGGACGCGUCCAUGCGCAUGUCGCUGGAGCUGCUGCUUGCGCUGAUCUUCUCCAUCUCUGCCCCAGUGGGCACCGCAGUGGGCGUGGGCGCCGUCGUGGGGUCGAAGGUGGCGGUGACCGGGACGACGUUUGUGGUGCUGCAGGCGAUCUUUGAUUCGUUGUGUGGCGGCAUCCUGAUGUACCUGGGCUUUGUCCUCAUGCUGAGCGACUUCCCGGCGGACCUGCGGAAGCACGCGGCUGCGGGUAUGGCGCAUCGCGGUUGGAAGCGGCUGGCGAUGUUCGUGGCACUGUGGGCAGGCGCCGGGAUUAUGGCGGGGAUCGGGAAGUGGUUGUAG